AUGUGCAAAAUUCAGGUGUUUGAACACGUUCUUCAGAUUGUGAACGAGCUGAGAAGUACGUUCGCCCAUCCUUUGCAAGCAGCUAGAAUAAAGAGCUAGGAUAUUUCCGACAACCAGUCGCAGUCGAUCAAUAGUCAGUGCCAGCAGUAUCAGUGCUAGAAUCUAGAUAUUUUAAUUUAUUUUCCAUUUGUUGAACAUCGGAAGUGAAUGUGUCGCCCGGUUUUUGUCUUUGCGGUCCUCUUGGCCGCAUACCUCUCCGACCAGUUUGUUUUAACAACGUGCAGCAUUGUGCAGAAUUACAGACCGAUUAUUGGUAUAUUGGCUCAAGAGAAUUUAGAGGAAGACUUAUAUGCUCAAGGAUCAUCUUAUAUUGCUGCCUCAUACGUUAAAUACAUAGAAGGAGCAGGAGGAAGAGUUAUCCCCAUCAGAAUAAACCAAACAAGUGAGGAGUAUGUGAAAAUAUUCAACUCGAUCAAUGGAUUAUUGUUGCCAGGCGGCGAUGUAGAUCUACAAAAGUCAGCGUUCAGUAGAGCAGCCAAGAUUUUCUAUGAUCUGGCAAUAAAGGCCAAUGACGUCUCAGAUUAUUUCCCCAUAUGGGGAACUUGUCAGGGCAUGCAGCAGCUCACUGUUCUGACCAGCAACAAGAACCUUCUGACCCUGACCAACACCAAAGCUGUGGCUCUCCCCCUGACAUUCACCCAAGGAGCUCAAAACAGCAGGUUGUUCAAGAAUUUCCCAAAGGACCUGCUGCAAUCUCUUGAAGUGGAGAACAUCACCUCCAACUACCAUAGCUGGAGUCUGUCCUUACAGAACUACUCUCAAAGUGUCAAGCUGAAGAGGUUCUACAAAGUCCUGACCACCAAUUCUGAUGGAAGGAAAGAGUUCAUUUCAACCAUGGAGGCAUACCAGUACCCAUUCUACGCCGUGCAGUGGCAUCCCGAGAAGAGCCCGUUCGAGUGGAUAGACAAACCUGGCAUGAUCCACACUGACUCUGCCAUCCGGGCGUCCUUCUAUACCUCCCUCUUCUUCAUCUCCGAAGCCAUGAAAAGCCAGCACCGUUUCCCUUUGCCCAGUGAGGAGGAGAAAGCCCUGAUCUAUAACUACUCUCCUGUCUUCUGCGGACUGGAUAGCAUAUUCAUCCAGAACUACUACUUUGACUGAAACACACACACACACACACACACACCUUACCCAACCACCUGCAUCAAAUGCUCAUGGUACUGUGGCUCUGCUUUUGGUGAUGUUAAACUCAUCGAUGACUUGUGCUCUUCAGGGUUUUAGCUGCAUUUUAUUCAGUCAGGCCAGAAAUAAAUGUUUUUAAUAUUUUUUUGUUCACUCUAGAGUUUAGUAUAUUUUAGUGGAAUGUCCUGGUAUGUGGAAACGUAUGUGAUAUGUGUAACUUGUGGUGCCUGUUGUUUAUUAUUUUAUUGAACAGUGUUUUAUGUCUGUGAGGACCGCACAGUCAGUAGCAGGUAUCAGGGUUAAUGAAGUAUCAGGAUAUGCUUCCAGUGUUUCAUUACAGCAAAAUAUCCAUCCACACAAUGACGGCAGUAUUUGUAAACAGUGCCACCAAAUACCCAUAGAUUGUGAUUUGGUGUAAAUGGAUUAAAAACUAUUUUAUUCA